GGGCGGGGCCCAAGUCUUUCCUGCAGGUGCAGGGGGCGGUGCCCGGCCCUGUCCCCGGGGGCCGUUCUCGGAGGCCAGGGGCGGGUCAGAGAAGCGGCUGAGGUAGGCGACGCCUUAGAACCCGCGGGCGGUGACUGUGCCACAGGUGCUGCGCAGGGCACCGUGUCUCAACUCUGAGCAUCAAAACUCCGGCUCUGGAAACUAAGGCUUCCGAACUGCUCCCAACCCUGGACACCGAGGCCCCCGGGCCGGAGAGCGGAGCCCUGGGGUCGUCCGAAGCUCGGGGCCCCGAGCCCCCCGGGUCGGACAUCGAAGUCCCGGGGCCUGCCGCAGAGCAGGACGCCGACGUACCCAGGCCAAGAGGCAAGGUCUCCGUGCUCUCCGCGGAGCAGGGCGCGGAGACCCCUGAGCGAGAGAGUGAAGUCCUUGGGCCAUCAGCGGGGCUGGACACAGAACGCCCCGGGCCAUCCGCAGCUGGGGGUUUUGAGAGUCUCGAGACAGGCGACGACAACCCCGAGCCGUCUGAAGCACGAAGCGCGGGGGUCCCGAAGCACUGUCCUCUUCAGUGUCCCGAGACCUCCUCCUCGGGGUCAGACUCGGAAGCCCCCCUGCUGCAUUUUCUACUGCGCCCCGAGACCCCCCAACCGGUCCCCGGGAAGCCGCUCAUGGAGACGCCCAUCGAGCGAGAAAUCCGCCGCAGCUGCGAACGCGAGGAGAGCCUGCGCCGGAGCCGGGGCCUGAGCCCAGGCCGCGCCGGCCGAGAACUCGUCGAGCUGCGCGUGCGACCGGUGCUCAGCCUGCCGGGCCCGGGCCCCGCGCUCCCGCGCGCCUUGGAGCGCGCGCGGGCGGGCGCGCAAAUGCAGCGAGACAUCGAGCGGGAGGCCCACCGUCAGGCGGCGCUGGCGCGUCCCGCGGCCCCAGAGCAGUGCGCCCGGCCGCCGCCGCAGCCGCUGGGCGAGCUCAAGCGAUUCUUUGAGACCGCCGCGGGACGCGGCUCCUCGCCGGCGGAGGAAGGCGGCGCGGGCCCGCAGGGGCUGCCGGAUCCCGGAGGCCGGCCUCGCUUGGCCGUGCAAGGCCGGUGCCCGGUGCUGGCCCGUGCCCCGCCGCGGGUCGCGCCGUCGCUGCUGGAGCAGGAGGUGCGCGAGGUGCAUGAGCGCGAACGGGAGCUGCAGCGCCAGAGGCUCAGCGUCUACGGCACCGCUGAGUUCAAGGAGCCCGCGCCGAGCCUCACGGCGAGCAGGGGCGACGGAAAGCUGGCGGUGAUCUGGCCUCCCCGCAGAAAGGCAUCGGAGAACGGCUUGGAGCAGGAGGAGCGGAAGCCUUGAGGUUCCAGUAGGUUGGGACACCCUGCCAGAGGUAACACGCACAUCAGAGGAAACUGGUAGGGGCGCCAGGGAGUGCCCUCCGAAUCCGCCGAAGGCCUGGAGAGGGUCAGCAGUCUGCUCCGGGGAAGAUGAAAUCGACCAGCUCCUCUUUGCGAAAUUGACCAUUCUCUUCUAUAAAACUAUUAGUCCACGUUGGGAAACACCACCACUGUCGAUCCUGCCAGUGAAACUGUCCAGCCCUUCUCCGCCUAACUGCGAACUGAACUGGCCUCUGCCUCCGGCCUUUACCGUUCGAGUAAAUGCCUCGGCUACCCUCACUCCCCAAUAAAGCCCCUUCUUUCUGGGCA